AUGUUCGUCUUCAGCCGAAAGGACCUCCCUGCGGAACCUGUCUUCCCCGCGGACCUGGAGAAAUUGGGGUACUUCAUCACCAAAGAUGACCAGAUCAGAAAGAUCUCCGCACCGAAAGAGGAGUUCCAAUUCAAGAUCAACAGGAACGAGCGCUGGAACGAGAUGCAGCGAGAGGCCAUGAACACAUGCAUUCGCAACAUUGUCCUCUCCCGUCUUCGCGACCUCGGUCUCAUCACUCUACGUCUUCCACUGACAGCUCGACCUACCGAUGCGCAUGUUCCCAUCCUCAUCUCCAAGAACCUGUCUACUGCUUCCCGCGUCAUCGUUGUCUUCGGGGAGCCCGUACAAGACCUUGGCAUCUGGGCUUACCGGACUCUCAGCAGCGAUGGCAUUGAAGUUGGGUCGGCGGUUGCAUUUGCGCGGGCUGUUCUGAACCAGGAAGACACGGCGCUUGUCCUGGCAAAUACCGGGCAAUUGGUUUGGCACUGUGGAUCUGGUAAAGCGAUGACACUGACAUCCUGGCCUUGCGUUCCUCGAGAGUCGGCUGUAGAUCCUCCUCUGGUUAUGACUCGUCGGAACAAGAUCCCUGGAAAUGGGGACUGGCAGGAACAUAUUCAGUAUGUGUUCGAGGAGAUCUUGGCUGCUCGGGGUCGGCUUGUUAGGGCUGGUGCGAAGAUUGGGGUUGUUGGGUUGGAUGAUGGGGGACUGGGUGUUAUCCGGUAUUUGGGGAGUAAUUGGGAAGCAUGGCGUCCAUAUAUAUCAGCAAUUUGUCUCACCAGUCCAUUUCAUCGCAUGGGUGUUGAUUUUGGAGACAAGGAUGGUAAAGAAGCAAAGGAUCCCUCAUCGUUUGUGAGCUUUGUUUCCUCACGGUGCCGUGGAUAUGUCCUGUCUGAGCAGGCUCUCGGACUGCCUGUCCCUGCUCCUGAGCAUCAUGGGUGCAACUGCUAUUCGUCUGGCGAGGCGCUGAUUUCUGAGUGCAUUAUGCCCAAGGCGUGGGAGGAUAUACUGAAGUGGCUCAAUAAGACUUUCGAGGACCCGGAUUUUUGCGAGGCUAACUUGAUGUUUAGGGAAUUUGAGGGUAAUAUGGGGGGUGAUGCUAUUGAGAGAGUUGCCGAGCUUGAGGAAGAAGAUGAUUGA